AUGGUGUCGAUGGGACGGCAGAUGCUGGGCUUCGCCCUCGCCAUCAUCGGUUUCCUGGGAACCAUCAUCGUUUGCGCUCUGCCCAUGUGGAAGGUGACGGCCUUCAUCGGCGCCAACAUUGUGACGGCGCAGGUCAUCUGGGAGGGUUUAUGGAUGAACUGUGUGAUGCAGAGCACGGGUCAGAUGCAGUGCAAAAUCUACGACUCUCUGCUGGCUCUUCCUCAGGACCUUCAGGCCGCCAGAGCUCUGGUGGUCAUCGCCAUCAUCGUGGCAGCGUUCGGGGUCAUCCUGGGCAUCGCCGGAGGAAAGUGCACCAACUUUGUUGAGGAUUCCCGGUCCAAGGCGAAGGUGGCCAUCGCUGCUGGGAUCGUCUUCAUCUGUGCAGGCGUGCUCAUCCUCAUCCCCGUCUGCUGGUCCGCCAACACCAUCAUCAGGGACUUCUACAACCCGGUCAUGAUCAACGCUCAGAGGAGGGAGCUGGGCGCCGCUCUCUACAUCGGCUGGGGUACAGCUGCUCUCCUCAUCCUGGGGGGCGCCCUCCUCUGCAGCUCUUGUCCACCCAAAGACAGCCCAGAGUAUCCGGUCAAAUACGCCCCCGCCAGAUCCACAGCCACCAGCCGGGCCUACGUCUGA